AAAUGUUAUCCAAAUUUGACAUCUGUAAGACUCAAACUAAAAUGAACUUUGACCCUUCAAUCUUCCAUUCCACCAUCUUCUUCUCUUCUUCCCAAGCACACACUGAGCGUAAAUGGUUCAUGCUUACCCUCUCUGUUCUUCCCCUUCGUCCACCUUCUCUGAUUUCACAACUCGCAUUUCAUCCCCUAAUUCUUUCGCCAACCCCAAAUUCCCCAACUUCAAUCAAAAAUCCCGCAAAUUCAAAAUCUUUCUCUCUUUCCAACCACCCAAUUCUCUUGAAGAUGCAAAUCACAAUGACCCACAUGCAAAUUCCUCAACUUUAUCCAAAUCUAAAAUCUGGGUCAAUCCCAAAAUCCUCAGUUCCGGACGGGUUUGGAGCAAAACCCAACACGCCGUCUCUUCUCUCGCCAAAUUGGACAAAUCUUUUGACCCAUCUGAUCCUAUUGAGCAGCAAGUUUCUGAAAUUCUCAAGUGUUUGGGAAACAAUGUUGCAGAACGUGAUGCAGAGCAUGUUCUCCAUAACAUAGCAAACCCUGAAAUUGCGAUUCUUGCUCUUGAAUACUUCAAAAAGAAGCUUGAACCGGAGAGACAUGUUGUUCUUUACAAUGUGUUGCUUAAGCUUUUUAGGGAAAUUAAGGAUUUUGAGAAAGCAGAGAAGGUGUUUGAGGAAAUGCUCCAGAGAGGAGUCAAGCCUAAUGUUGUUACGUUUUCGACUUUGAUUAGAUGUGCUUCUCUUUGUUCUUUGCCGCAUAAAUCUGUGGAGUUGUUUGAGAGGAUGCCUUCUUUCCGGUGUGAACCGGAUCACAAUGUGUCAUCGUCUAUGAUUUAUGUUUAUGCUCGUAUGGGUAAUGUUGAUAUGGCUUUGAAAUUAUAUGAUGAUGCGAAAAAUGAGAAAUGGCCUGUUAGGACAGUGGCUUUCUCUGCUUUGAUUAAGAUGCAUGGUGUGUUGGGAAACUAUGAUGAGUGUUUGAGUGUUUAUAAAGAUUUGAAGGCUCUUGGUGUUAGGCCGCACCUGACAUUGUAUAAUGCUUUGCUGUAUGCAAUGGCGAAAGCUAAGAGGCCAAGGGAUGCUCAGGGUUUAUACGAAGAGAUGAAAAUGAAUGGAAUUUUGCCAAAUUGGGCAACCUAUUCUGCUCUCUUGGAAGCUUAUUCGAGAGGACGGUUAAGUAAAGAAGCGUUGCGUGUGUAUAAAGAAAUGAAGGAAAAGGAGAUGAAAAUGAAUAAAUUUCUUUACGGCAUGCUUAUUGACAUGUGUGCUGAUGUUGGCUGUGUAGAUGAAGCUGAAGAAAUAUUUGAAGAUAUGAAGCGUUCCGAGACUUGUGAGCCAAACCUUAUUGUAUACUCAUCCUUGAUUAACAUGUAUUCAUGCAUUGGGAAAGUUUUGGAGGCGGAAGCCAUGUUGAAUGAAAUGAUAAGCCACGGGUUCGAGCUUAAUAUUUUUGUUCUCACAAUGUUUGUUCAUUGCUACGGAAAGGCCAGACGAACCGAUGAUGUUGUGAAUAUAUUUAAUAAAAUAUGGGAGACUGGCAUCACUCCCGACGACCGUUUUUGGGAUUGUCUUUUGAAUGUGAUGAUCGAACUACCAAAAGAAGAGCUCGGUAAGAUAACAAAUUGCAUUGAGAAAACUAACCCAAAACUUGGUUAUAUUGUGACAUAUUUGACGGAAGGGGGCGAGGAAGAUGGAUAUUUUAUAAAGGAAACAUCAGAACUUUUAAGUUCAGCUAAAGAUGAUGUAAAGAAGUCCUUGUGCAACAGUCUACUUGAUCUUUGUGUCAACCUUGGUGUGCAAGACAGAGCUCGCGACAUUCUUGACUUGGGAUUGACGCUUAAGAUUUAUAGCGAUAUACAAUCGAGAUCUGAAACUCAGUGGUGUUUGAACCUAAAAAAACUCUCAGUCGGAGCUGCUAUGACAGCAUUUCAUGUUUGGAUAGACGACUUGUCUAAGGCUUUUGAAUCAGGUGAGGAGCUUCCACAAAUACUUGGAAUUUGUACGGUCCCUUGGAGACACAGGCGAUCGGAGAAAGACUUGGCUAGUGUAUUUGAAUCAUAUCUGAAAGAACAUAGUGCUCCUUUCCACAAGGCUACUAAUAUGGAUGGCUGGUUUCUUACUACAAGCCAAGAUGCCAAGUCAUGGCUGCAGUCUAGAGGUUCAAUUGAUAGAGUUGUUAUAGGGUUUCUGUUGAGUUGAACCUAAAAAAAUGGCCAGUUUUUAGCCGCAUGAAAUUUUGUGGUGGGUGGUUUAAAGAGAAACACAAGAUUAUAUUUAUCAUGCAAACGUUAUGGCAUUUUGGGUCAAGAAGGUCUGAGAACCUAUUGUGGCGACACAAACAUUACAACCAUCGUUAGUGGCUGAACCAAAUCUGAUUGAAAGAAAAACGUCAAAACACAAAACACAACAGGUGUGACAAGUUCUAACGAAUUUAGAGAGCAAAACUGAUUCUCUUAAGUAUGGGGCUGAUUAGUUGUUUCUAAAGGAAAACAAAGCUGGAAAUUCUCCCAACAUAUUCUUUUGAUGCACUCCUGUCAAAAGAAUAUGUGAAUACAAAGAAGAUUAAAGAAUAUGUGAAGACUAUCAAAGAUGUGAAAGGCAUGUGUUUCUUAAGUUUUUAGUUUAUGUUUUGCUGCAAAUUGAGUUUGAAUGUACUUAUAAUUAUAUGUGUAGUUUUAGCCAAAAUAAGUCAAAGGGGGAGAUUGUUGAUUCUCUGAAUUAUGUGAUUGGCAUUUAUGUUUGGCU